CUCGUAGCGGGAGCCAGACCUCAAACAAUACGCCGGUCGAUGCUUCUCUAGAACAGGUCUCAGCCACCUGCCCGCCUCGCCGAGGUCUCCCCUGCCCACCCCUUGCCGAGCCAGCGCGCCGCGACUUCGGUAGCACCCUGGACAGCGCGCGCGGCGAGCGCGGGAGCGGGCGCCUCCAGCCGCCAGCUCUCCAGGGGUGCGCCUGCACGCCUCCCACCCCCUCACUCUGACUCCUGCUAGCGCGCAUUGUCUGCCUUGCACCCACACGACUCAGCUCCCUCCCUCUCCCAUUUUUUCCCCUCAUCCGCCUCCUCACCCAUCCCCACUGGGCUCCUUCUCCCUCAAAAUCCCUCCAGCGCUCCGCGCUUCCGCGUCUCCGGACAGAGAGCACUUCGGUCCCCUUCCCUAUUUAACCUCCACGCCUUCCAGAGCGUUGCCACCUCCCGGAGCCCUAACUCCAACACACACACGCUCACGCAGACACGCACGUCUCCUGUCCCUGUGUGACACCCUCUCCCCCUGCUCCGCCGCGUCGGUCCCCGCGCGGUGCCCUCCUCCCGCCACACACAGACACGCACGCGCGCGCAGGGCCGAGGCGAAGGCUGCUCGCCCGCAGCUCCCACUCGGAGGCGACCUGCUCCAGUCUCACAACGCCGAUGGCAUCUCCGGGCUCUGGCUUUUGGUCCUUCGGGUCUGAAGAUGGCUCCGGGGAUCCCGAGAACCCCAGCACAGCGAGAGCCUGGUGCCAGGUGGCCCAGAAGUUCACGGGCGGCAUCGGAAACAAGCUGUGCGGUGAGUGCGGGCGCCCGGGGAGGGCGGCCAAGCCCCAGCGGACCGCCGCCAGGAAGACCGCCUGCGCCUGCAACCAGAAACCCUGCAGCUGCCCCAAAGCGGACGUCAACUACGCGCUUCUGCACGCAACAGACCUGCUGCCAGCGUGUGAUGGAGAAAGGCCCACUUUGACAUUCCUGCAAGAUGUUGUGGACAUUUUGCUUCAGUAUGUGGUGAAAAGUUUCGAUAGAUCCACCAAAGUGAUUGAUUUCCACUAUCCGAAUGAGCUUCUUCAAGAGUAUAAUUGGGAAUUGGCAGACCAACCACAAAAUUUGGAGGAAAUUUUGAUGCAUUGCCAAACAGCUCUAAAAUAUGCCAUUAAAACAGGGCAUCCCAGAUAUUUCAAUCAACUUUCCACUGGAUUGGAUAUGGUUGGUUUAGCAGCGGACUGGCUGACAUCAACAGCAAACACGAAUAUGUUUACCUAUGAAAUCGCUCCAGUGUUUGUGCUUUUGGAAUAUGUCACGCUAAAGAAAAUGAGAGAAAUCAUUGGCUGGCCAGGGGGCUCUGGUGAUGGGAUAUUUUCUCCUGGUGGCGCCAUAUCUAACAUGUAUGCCAUGCUGAUCGCGCGCUUUAAGAUGUUCCCAGAAGUCAAGGAGAAAGGAAUGGCUGCCGUUCCCAGGCUUAUUGCCUUCACAUCUGAACACAGUCAUUUUUCUCUCAAGAAGGGAGCUGCAGCCUUAGGGAUUGGAACAGACAGCGUGAUUCUGAUUAAGUGUGAUGAGAGAGGGAAAAUGAUCCCAUCUGAUCUCGAAAGAAGAAUCCUUGAAGUCAAACAAAAAGGCUUUGUUCCCUUCCUGGUGAGUGCCACGGCUGGAACCACCGUGUAUGGAGCAUUCGAUCCACUCUUAGCUGUGGCCGACAUUUGCAAAAAGUACAAGAUCUGGAUGCAUGUGGAUGCAGCUUGGGGUGGGGGAUUACUGAUGUCCCGGAAACACAAGUGGAAACUGAGCGGCGUGGAGAGGGCCAACUCUGUGACAUGGAAUCCACACAAGAUGAUGGGUGUCCCUUUGCAGUGCUCCGCUCUCCUGGUCAGAGAAGAGGGAUUGAUGCAGAGUUGCAACCAGAUGCAUGCCUCCUACCUCUUUCAGCAAGAUAAACAUUAUGAUCUGUCCUAUGACACUGGAGACAAGGCUUUACAGUGUGGACGCCAUGUUGAUGUUUUUAAAUUAUGGCUGAUGUGGAGGGCAAAGGGGACCACUGGGUUUGAAGCACAUAUUGAUAAGUGUUUGGAGCUGGCAGAGUAUUUAUACAAUAUCAUAAAAAACCGAGAAGGAUAUGAAAUGGUGUUUGAUGGGAAGCCUCAGCACACGAACGUCUGCUUCUGGUACAUACCUCCAAGUUUGCGGACUCUGGAAGACAAUGAAGAGAGAAUGAGUCGGCUCUCAAAGGUGGCUCCAGUGAUCAAAGCCAGAAUGAUGGAGUAUGGGACCACCAUGGUCAGCUACCAGCCCCUGGGAGACAAGGUCAAUUUCUUCCGCAUGGUCAUCUCAAACCCCGCAGCAACUCACCAAGAUAUUGACUUCCUGAUUGAAGAAAUAGAACGCCUUGGGCAAGAUUUAUAAUUACCUAGCUCACCAAGCUAUUUCAAGUCUCUAGGUAGACAAUUAAGUUGUCACAAAUUGUGUGAAUGUAUUUGUAGUUUGUUCAAAAGUAAAUCUAUUUCUAUAUUGUGGUGUCAAAGUAGAGUACAGUUUAAAAUUAAAAAAAAAUAACAUUGCUCCUUUUAAAGAUCCUUUCUUAAGUUUAGAAUACCUCUCUAAUAAUUAGUGACAAAAGGCUGUGUUCUAAUCAAUAAGGAAAAGCUUAACUUGUUAUAAAUACUUCCCUUACCUUUAAUAUAGUAUGCAAAUCAAACUUUAUUUUCAUUUCAGAGUAGUAGCAUUGAAUAGUGCCAAAUUGCCCCUGAAUCAUAAAAGGUUCUUUGGGGUACAGGGAAAAGGAUAAAGUAAAUAUAAAAUGUAUGUUGACAAUAUAAACUUUUGCCUUUUUCGUAGUAUUAGAAAAAAAAUUUCUAAUUUACCUAU